GCUAUAGUAAAGUUGCCUUUUAAGUUAAAAGUUUCGAGUCUUUUGACAUAACCAAAACUGUAUUUUAUUGACGAGAAAAUUCCAAUAUUUUUAUAUCAUCGAAGCGUUUAUCGCAAUGGACAAGAAUAAAACGGGAUGGUCUAAUGGAGCCUUUCAUCCCUUAAAGAAGGGAAAUGGCGAGGGAGCCAGGAGCAAGAAUGCCUCCGAGCUACUACACCAAACAUCCACCAGGGUCUCGAAAUCGACAUCAUCACUAAGUUCUCAUUUUUACCAGGGACGCACGACCUUUGGCGGUAGUUCAUCGUACAAUCGCUGUUUGAGUGCUCUGCACUUGGCCAAGAAUCAGCAACACACUACCAGUCGGAUUCUUAAAUUUGGAGGAAGAUCGAUGGUGAGACCUAGUCCUGUUGACAAUGGUCAAGGCUCUAAGCCGUUGGACACGCCACCUGAUUUGAAAACCUUAAAGCGUCGUCGCCUUUACGCUGUCAAUAAGUACUCGCAGAAUAUGUCUCCCAAGGAUGAGAUGUCACUCCAGCCAGAGGAUGUGCAUUCCAAAGACUCUUUGGUCAUUAAGCCACAAGGACAAAGAUUUACAUUUACGAAGCCCAUCUCACUGGAGACGUUUAAAUCAAAACGCAACUACAUUUUUUCGCCGCCGACUCCUUUAAAAUAAGAGUCUUAAUCGAAGAUCGAAAAUAAGAUAAAAUUAAAUAAGAUAAAAUGUAGAGCACAAUUUUAAAAUGUAUAAAUUUAUUUGAAUUUAAUUGUUUAAACUUGUACACAUAUUUUAAUUUUAUCCUGAAAACAAUGUUUUAAAAAACCUCUUAACCAAAUUCAUUCGUACUGCUCUUCGUCCA